GUAUUGCAGCUUUGACACCGCAACUUCAACACACCUUUCUGUUUUGUUAUCAUACCCAAACUACCGGCAAAUAUGCCUGCGUCGAGUUCUAACGCAGCUUCGAAGGCAAACGCCACUGUGCAGCAAGGUAAGGGAUUAUGGCGGCCGUUCGUCGUUGUUUUUGCCACGCUCCUGGUUCCUGUGGUGGCAGCCGUACUUUUUUACCAGCUCGAUUCCUUUGACCCGGCCCCUAUACCCCUCCACGAGUUGUCUCUGGUACCCCCUAUCAGUGCCUUGCUGGUUAACGACCACAUCCUGGCAGGAGCAGAAUUUCUAGGCGAGGGGCAGCUCAAGGGACCGGAGGAUAUUGCGUACGAUCCCAACUCGCAACUUAUCUAUACGGGAUGUGAAGAUGGCUGGAUCAAGCAAGUCGCGGUGAACGAGUCAUCCGCUAACUCGGUGGUCCAGAACUGGGUCAAUACUGGUGGCAGACCACUUGGACUCGUCGUCGGACACAACAAUGAACUUAUUCUUAAGAUACAGGGAGAGGAGAAAGGAGAAAUAGAAAGAUUUGUUGAAGAUUUACCAGGCUAUCCUGAUAACAUUCUUUAUGAUGGAGAAGGCCACUUUUGGAUUGCACUUUCUUCGGGAAUUGUGAAAAGUUGGGAGAUGGCAUUUAGAUAUCCAUUCAUCAGAAAGAUUAUGGCAUUAAUGGAGAAGUAUGUUGGAAGGCCAAGCAUGGAAAGAAAUGGUGGGGUCUUUGUUGUUGAUCUGGAGGGCAAACCGGUUGCUCACUACUAUGAUUCUGAGUUGUCAAUGAUAUCGAGUGGGAUCAAGAUUCAGAAUUUUCUCUACUGUGGCUCUCUCAAGUACUCGUUUAUCAUUCGCCUCAAUCUGGAUCGCUAUGCUGCUACUCAUCAUUCUUCUCGCAAGUAAAAGAAGUAAUUAAGAAGUUAAGGUUCAAUUUCAAUAACGUUCAAUUUUAGCAUUUUGCUAUAUCUCCAUUUGGAUUGUUAAAAAAACUGAUCCACAAUGUACAUGAAAUGAUGUUGGAGUUGUGGUGUUAAAAAGCUGCAGCAGUGGCAGCAAAUGGAAAGAAGUGAUGACUGUACAGUAGACUGCACAGUAGACUGCACAGUAAUAGCAAAGUGACAACAGCAUGGGAGCUGCACAUGCGUUACAAAAAAUACAGCAAACUUCAUCAUUUUAGUCAAUGUUUUAGUUAAUCAAUAAUUACCGUAUUA